UUCUGGUUCUGAUAGGGGGGUGAACCAGAACCAGAACCAGAACCCGAACCCGAACCCAGCCGGCUGUCCUCCGGCUCCUCCAUCCUCUCUCAGAGGAGGAUGAUUCUGCUGCUCUGCUGAUGGAGAAGGAGGGAAGAAGCUGCUAUAAAUAACUCGGAGCUUCUACAGGUCGCUGCGCUGCAGGUCGGGGAGGCGCUCGCGCCUCUCCUUCCUCUUCCUCCAUUGAUCAGUUGGGUGAGGAAGGCGGAUCCUCUGACGUCACCUUCAAGCAGCUCGGCUGCGUCAGAGUCCAGCUGAGCAGGAGAAGAAGGAAACAGGUAAUACAAAGGGAAGAGGUUCUGGACCGAGCGGACCGGACCGGACCGGAGCGGAGCUGCAGCGGACAGACUGACGGACAUGGAGGAAGAACAGAAGGAGAAAUUAUUAUGGAGCGUCAAACGGGAGGUGAAGCAGAUUAUGGAAGAAGCAGUAACUAAGAAAUUUGUGCAUGAAGACAGCAGCCACGUCAUCGCUCUCUGCACUGCCAUCGAGGCCUGCCUGACUCACCUCCUGAAGAGACGAGCAGCCGGAUUUCUCCGAAGCGACAAGAUCGCCGCCCUCUUCACCAAGGUUGGCAAAGCGUACGACACGGCGGGGGAUGUUUGUCAGAAGGUUCAGGAGCAGCUCCAACAGCAGGCGGAUCUCAACAGGAGAGCCCAGAGCGUUGGCCAUGAACCUCUGAGAAGACAGGGCUCCUCCACCACCAGCCGCCCCCCCCAGCCGCUGUCUGCCCAGGCUAUCAAACACAUCUGGGUCCGAACUGCUCUCUUUGAGAAAGUUCUGGAUAAGAUAGUCCAGCACAUCGUGGACAACUCCAGCAAAUACUAUGAGAGGGAAGCUCUGAUGCACGACCCGGUCUUUGGUCCCAUCCUAGCAGCCCUGCUUGUGGGACCCUGUGCUCUGGAAUACACAAAGCUGAAAACGUCCGAUCAUUUCUGGUCAGACCCCUCAGCCAAUGAGCUGGUUCAGCGCCACCGUAUCCACGGGGCCCACCGCAGCAUGGAUGUGUCCGGCCGCCGGCCUGCUUUGGGGAUCCGUAAGAGGCAGUCCAGCGGCAGCAUAUCAGAAGAUCGGUUUGCAGCGUCUGCCAGAGAGUAUGUGGAGUCUCUCCAUCAGAACUCCAGAACGCACCUCCUUUACGGCAAAAACAACGUCCUGGUGCAGCCGAAGAAGGACAUGGAGGUGUUACGGGGCUACUUGUCUCUCCAUCAGGCUGGGGAAAACCUCACUCUGAAGUGGACCCCUAACCAGCUCAUCAACGGUACUCUGGGAGACUGUGAUCUGGAGAAAAGCAUUUACUGGGACUAUGCACUGACUGUUCCUCUGCGCCAGAUCGUUUGCAUCCACUGUCACCAACGGCCGGAUUGUGGAGGAACGCUGGUACUCGUCAGCCAGGAUGGCAUCCAGCGGCCCCCCCUGCACUUCCCCCCCGGCGGUCACCUGCUGGCCUUCCUGUCCUGCCUGGAAGCCGGACUGCUACCCCGAGGUCAGCUGGAACCGCCCCUCUGGUCCCAGAAAGGCAAGGGGAAGGUGUUCCCUAAGCUGAGGAAGAGGAGCAGCGCGGCGCGGCUGAUGGAGCAGGACAGAAACGGCGAGGACCAGACGGCGGCCGAUUACGUCUUUCGCAUCGUCUACCCAGGAUACCGCUAUGACGCCACAGUCACCAUAAACUACCACCACACCACGGGCAGCCGCGCGCCGUCGCUGGACGACGAUGAGGAAGAGGAAGAUAGGCUCCAUGCUAUGAUCUCAAUGAUCUGCUCGCGGAACCUCACAGACCCUAAUGUCCUGAAAGACCAUGGGGAGAUGUUGGAGAUGCAAGGUUUUGGAGGCAGCCCAUCGUCGUGGCAACAGACCGAUGUAACCAGUCACGAGCUGCUGUGCCAGUCCUGCUCCACAGCUGGAAGCAACACAUCGUUCGACUACACAGCCGGCUGCUCCUGCCUGCACCAGCCGUCAGAUAUUCACACGUACGCAUCAGAAGCAGAACCUCAGGGCUUUCCCAGGAGGAACCAUGCUGCCAUUUUCAGACCUCUUUGGUUUCUUUCAAAUAUUACAUGUUUUACAUGGCUGGCAUACUGUCGACACCUGUCCACCGUGCGGACUCACCUGUCAGCUCUGGUCAACCACAACAUCGUCCCCCCCGACAGACCAUGUGAGGCGUCAGGAGGGCUCAGCAAAGAGGUGUGGAGCAAGUACCAGAAGGACUGCAAGAACUACAAGGAGCUGGAGCUGCUCAGGCUGGUCUAUUAUGGAGGAGUGCAGCAUGAGAUCAGGAAGGAGGUUUGGCCCUUCCUGCUGGGACACUAUAAGUUUGGGAUGAGCAAGAAGGACAUGAGCCAGAUUGAUGCCAAGAUCCAGGAGCGCUACCAGCAGGUGAUGCGGGAGUGGAAGGCCUGUGAGGUCAUCGUCAAGCAGAGGGAGAAGGAGAUGCAGUCGGCCAUCUUUGCUAAGCUGUCGUCUGGCAGCAGCAUAGACAGCCACGUCCUACGGCUCGCUCACAGAGACUCCACACUCAGCAAUGAGGUCUUUAUGUCUGUGGACGAGCCGGAUGCUGGGAGCCAGGAGACACCCAGUGGAGAAGACGGCACUCCUGUCAUGACCACCCUGGCCCCGCCCACUGCUGGGCCCCCAGAGGAGCGUCCUCUGGUAGAGUUUGACUCCCCCGACUCAGGCCUCCCUUCCUCCAGGAACUACUCUGUGACUUCUGCUCACUCUCAGAUCCUGUCCAGCAUAGACGACGGUCAGAGCACCGAGGAGGAAGGGGGGACCUCAGUGGGGGGGCGUCAGGACUCUCUGAUGGAGGACAAGCUGUGCAGUCAGCUGGACAAACUGGUGACGAGCGGAGCAGCCGCUGAGGGGAUGUCCGCCUCUCUGUCCUCUUACACGAUCGAGCUCCUGGACACGGUGGCCCUCAACCUCCACAGAAUAGACAAAGAUGUGCAGCGCUGUGAUCGCAACUAUUAUUACUUCACCACUGCCAACCUGGAGAGACUACGCAACGUCAUGUGCAGCUACGUGUGGGAGCAUUUGGAGAUGGGCUACGUUCAGGGCAUGUGUGACCUGCUGGCGCCGCUGAUGGUCAUCCUGGAUGACGAGAGUCUGGCCUACAGCUGCUUCACUCAGCUGAUGAAGAGGAUGAGUCAGAACUUCCCAAACGGUGGAGCCAUGGACACACACUUUGCCAACAUGAGGUCGCUGAUCCAGAUCCUGGACUCUGAGCUGUUCGAGCUGAUGCAGCAGAACGGAGAUUACACUCACUUCUACUUCUGCUACCGCUGGUUCCUGCUGGACUUUAAAAGAGAGCUCCUGUAUGAGGACGUGUUUGCCGUGUGGGAGGUGAUCUGGGUGGCCCCCAGGAUCUCCUCUCGGCACUUUGUCCUCUUCCUGGCCCUGGCUCUGGUCACCGUUUACCGUGAGAUCAUCGUAGACAACAACAUGGACUUCACCGACAUCAUCAAGUUCUUUAACGAAAUGGCGGAACGUCACGACGUCCAGCUCAUCCUACGGAUAGCCCGGGAGCUGGUGCACAGAGUCCAGUCUCUGAUGGACAACAAGGAACUGGUGUGACUGGGAGGACGGCGUGUGCAGCCUAGUGUCAGAGAGACGGGUUCCUGGCCCUUAGGGGCCCCGCUGGAGGCCCCGGAGUUCUGUUUACAUGUUCCUUCACAUGGAAUGCCCAUGGUGUCUGUUCAGACAUGUGGAUUUGUCUGCAUGCUAGUGAGUUUAAUCACACUGUGAACACAUUCUUCAGUCCCCAGUCCAACAGCGUGUGCGUGCAUGAAAACACUCACACGGAGCGCCGGCUGCUCGCCAGCUGUGGCGCAGUGCUGCAGGAGGCCACCAGAGGUCAGCAUUCACACACCGCAUGGUCAGAGACAGAAGACUUUGCCACGAAGAUGCUUUCAUCCGUGACCAAAUGAACUGUGCCAACCACUGUUUUCUACAAGCACGCGUGUUUUUAGCUGCUGGCCCCAUUUUUAGCUUCUGUUCUUGUCUGAUGUCUCGUUGUUACACAAAUGUUGCCUUUACUGACAGCCCAAGGUACUUAGAUGCACUUUUCUCUGAGAGUUUCCUAUUGGUUCUAAUGAAGGAGGAUGAGUUGCAGCCAGUUUUCCUGCACAUGGUGGCAGAUAUUUAAAGCACGUGUGGAACAAAAACAGAAGAGCACAACAGAAAAGGGAAAAGCACA